UUUUGGACUAUAAAAGUUCACCUGGUUUCCUAGCAAAUCACCAGUUCGACGUGUGAUUUCAUCAGGAGUGCGCCCAGUACUCCGAUUGCUCAACAAGGAAUAGUUACGGUUCAACGGAAAAAGGACGUCGAGAAAAUGAAGGUUUUGGUCGCUAUAGUACUAGGGAUCGUACUUGCACCAUGCAUGGUUCAAGCAUGUGGGUGUGCUUACCCAGGCUACAGGUCAGAUCCUGAGAGUUGUUGCAGAUAUUUGGUUUGCGAUAAUUGCAUUGAAAAAACAAUGACUUGUCCUAAUGGACUUCAUUGGAAUAAUAAAACCCAAGCCUGUGAUUGGCCUUGCAAUGCUGGUUGCGCAGGAGGCGAAGGGGGAGAAGUAGCUCCACCAGUAGAACCAACAACAGAGCCCACAACGGAACCACCAACAACAGUGCCCACAACGGAACCAACAACAACAGAGAUCCCCACCCAACCUCCACCCACAACCGAACCACCAUCAACUUGCUGUCCAGGAUCUUGUUGUGAAUGUGACGAAGGUCAAUACACGAGCGGCAGUGAAUGUUGUAAAUUCAGAGUUUGCGAAGCCGGAAAAUAUGUUGAAUUAAAAUGUCCUGCAGGAUUGCACUGGAAUAAUAAAACAAAAGCUUGUGAUUGGCCGUGUAACGCGGGAUGCGCAAAUAUUACCGGACCCAAUCCACCUGUUAUCACUCCUCCACCCGUUGUCACUCCUCCUGGGACAGGAAAUCCUGGUUGCGGAGAAUGUGUAUGCGGCACCUUCUCCCCAGUUGAUGGAGAAGCCUGUAAAUAUAAGGUUUGCGAUAAUGGAUGCUGGACAACUAUGAAGUGUCCUGCGGGCUUGAUCUGGAAUCAAAAUGCAACGGCUUGCGCAUGGGGAAACUGUCAACACUGUGAAAGUUCCAAAUGAGAGGUUCGUUGAUGCACUGGAGCUGAAGCUAAGAAGUUACCACAAAAAAAAAAUGAUGGCAUGAAAAGGAUCACGAUCACGAUUUUGAAGGGCACCCUUUCUAUUUUUAUCUCCAAUUAUACAUGUAAAUAUCUACACAUAUACUACAUUAAACAAGAUUGAGCAUU